AUGGGCCGUCUCCUCUGCAGGUCAGCGGACAUCGCUCUGGUCGCAGGAGGGAAGAGGAAGCGCUGGAUUAUCGCCACAGAAACCAUGAAGACUGGAGAUCUGAUCACAUCAUCUGGACACAUCGGGCGCAUGGCGGUGUUGGCCCGGGAGGGGGAUGCCCACCCACUCGGAGCCCUUCCAAUCGGGACGCUCAUUAACUGCCUGGAGGUCAUCCCUGGGAAGGGAGCGCUGUGUAUCCGAGCAGCAGGAACCUGUGGGUGUUGCUGAGGAAGGUGGAACCAGGGUGUUGCGGGACCAUUGCGUGGACAGGGUGUUGCGGGACCCCCCUGAGACAAGUGCCAGGGUGUUGGAGACGUGUGUGGCCACGGUGGGACGAGUGUCCUAAUAUUGAUUCCAACAAGAGAGUGAUUGGAACGGCCAGGCCAGAGACUGCCGCUGGCGGACCCUCCGACCUUCCUAGCUCCUCGCCUGGAAGAGAAAGGGAGGCUGGGCAGGCAGAAGACCCUUCAAACCUCCCGCCAAUAAAGAAUUAUGCCAAACUAGCAGGUGCCAGCCCUGCCCCGCGGGUCUAG